AUGUCUUCAAGCGGCUCAUUCAACAAUCCUAUCAUCCCCGGGUUCAACCCGGACCCGUCAAUCUGUCGUGUGGACGACGAUUAUUUUCUUGUGACAUCAACAUUUGAAUACUAUCCCGGUAUCCCAAUUUACCAUAGUAAGGACCUGCUACAAUGGGAGCUCAUCGGGCAUGUUAUCACGCGGCCGUCUCAGGUUAAUAUGCGGACUACUGAGCCAUCUGGUGGAUUGUGGGCUCCGACAAUCCGAUACCAUCAAGGGCGCUUUUAUGUCUCAUUGGGCUGUACACAUCGGUUCCGACCAAAGGAAUGGGACAUUGUGAUCCCGAGAGGGUUUUAUGUGUCUACAACAGAUAUCUGGACUUCGAGUUCCUGGUCAGAUCCUGUUUUCUUUGAUGUUCCUGGAAUUGAUCAAGAUCUCUUCUUUGAUGAUAAUGGCAAAGUCUACUUCUCUGCGGUCAAUAUGAUCAUAGAUCCAAGAGUCAAAAAGCAUGGCCUUGGAUUGGCAACUUUCACAGCGGAGAUCGAUCUCGCAACGGGUCGUUGCCUGAGCCCAGUGAAAUGGAACCGUAUCUCAACCUUUGGUGUAGGUAUUGCGGAAGGGCCUCACAUUUUCAAAAAGGACGGCUACUACUAUUUGAGUACGGCCGAUGGCGGCACUGAUGAAGGCCACCAGCAAUGGAUUUCCCGCAGCACCAUUGGUCCUUUUGGACCGUGGGAAGUAGGACCAGAAGGAUCUGUUAACCCGGUGAUAUUCAACGGGGAUGACUCUUCAAUCCGCAACACAGGCCAUCUUGAUUUCAUCGAGGCGUCUGAUGGGAAAUGGUGGGCUGUGUUCUUGGGCGUCCGUCCUCAAGGAGAGAAUUCCGAGUUCCUUUCACAACUUGGACGAGAAACAUUCCUUGCUCCUGUCGAAUGGAUUGAUGGGUGGCCAAUUGUGAAUCGUCGACAGAGAAUCAGCCUCCAGAUCGAAGCAGAGGGCAUGAAGCCCCUGUCUCGGCCAAAGCUUUGGCGAGAUGACUUCCAAGGCCCAGAACUACAACUUGGGUGGUAUACUCUUCGAACGCCUCUGAAAAAAGAAUACUCAUUUUCCGAGCGCCCAGGAUGUCUCAGCAUCUACGGGAGUGCGCAUCAAAUUGAUGGCGCCGAAUGCCCGUCCAUGUUUCUGCAAAAGCAGACCGAGCUCACCGUGGAUUGGCGCGUGAAAUUAGACUUCGUUCCUACAGAGGCUGGCCAUGAAGCAGGGACAGCAAUCUGGUGGUCCCAAUAUGCACAUGCAUCGAUUGGUCUACGAAAGCCAUUCGCCGAGGACAAGACAGGGCUUGAAGUGAUAUCACGAUGCUAUGACGAUAUUGCAAAUGAAUUCAAGGAAACAACACAUCAACUGGAUGUGGAGAUCAAAAGCCUUGAACUUCUCAUUCGCGCACGCCCGACUCGAUAUGAACUCUUAUUCGCGACUGAGAAUGCUGACUCUACGGAAAGAGACUACAUCAAACUCGGUGGAAUAUCAACUGCAGCAUUGACACACCGCAAAUCCGGGAAGGAAUCUCCCAACACCGGGUCUCAUUUUGCUAUUUACGCGCAAGGCUCUUACGACAAGCCUUGUUUCGAGCCAGCACAUUUCGAGUUCGCAGAAUGGAAAUUGGUCUCUGACGUUUGA